GGCUCUCAGAUGUUUUCAUCUGCAGUAAAGCAGCGAGCAAAGAUUUGGAGUAAAAAAAAAAACAUUUCACCGGUAGAGUUAGAAUUUGUGCUGAAGUUUGACCAAGGGCCUAUCUGCUGUUUUAUUUACAAUUUGUUUGAGAUAUUUUCUUGGUGGCGUCAAGAAAUAGUUUUACUAGAAGAUGUUCGUGGCGAAGAGCAUCGCAGCGGAUCAUAAAGAUCUGAUUCACGAUGUUUCUUAUGACUUUCAUGGUCGCAGGAUGGCGACCUGCUCCAGUGAUCAAAGCGUCAAGGUUUGGGACAAAGGUGAUGAUGGAGAGUGGCGCUGCACUGCUAGUUGGAAGACCCAUAGCGGUUCUGUUUGGAGGGUGACAUGGGCGCAUCCUGAGUUCGGUCAAGUGUUGGCAUCUUGUUCGUUUGACCGCACUGCGGCUGUAUGGGAGGAGAUAGUCGGCGAAUCCAAUGACAAACAGCGUGGUCAGAGUCACUGGAUCAAGAGAACCACACUGGUGGACAGUCGGACGUCAGUGACUGAUGUGAAGUUUGCACCAAAGCACAUGGGCCUGAUGUUGACCACCUGCUCUGCAGACGGCGUGGUGCGCAUCUACGAGGCCCCUGAUGUGAUGAACCUCAGCCAGUGGUCACUGCAGCACGAGAUCUCCUGCAAGCUCUCCUGCUCCUGCAUCUCCUGGAACCCCUCCAGCUCUCGAGCUCAUCCUCCAAUGAUAGCUGUGGGCAGUGAUGACAGCAAUGUCACAUACAGUGGCAAAGUGCAAAUCUAUGAGUAUAAUGAAAAUACAAGGAAGUAUGCCAAAGCAGAGACGUUGAUGACUGUGACUGACCCAGUACAUGACAUCGCCUUUGCCCCUAAUCUGGGGAGAUCCUUCCAUGUGCUGGCGAUAGCGACCAAAGACGUCCGCAUUUUCAAACUCAUACCAUUGAGGAGAGAGAAUGCCAACAGCUCUGGUCCCACUAAGUUUGAGGUGCAGGUGAUGGCUCAGUUUGACAGUCACAACUCUCAGGUGUGGCGCGUGAGCUGGAAUAUCACCAGCACUCUCCUGGCCUCCUCUGGAGAUGAUGGCUGUGUGCGACUCUGGAAAGCUAAUUAUAUGGACAACUGGAAGUGCACAGGGAUCCUGAGAGGAGACGGGAGCCCAGUGAACGGCUCCUCUGGACACACUGCUGCUCUGAGCACUGUGGGAGUCCCAGGAGCUGCUCAGAUGGUUGUUGGGGCGGCUUCAGCUGGCAGAAAAAAAGCUCAGCUGAUGCCAGGCUAAUGGCAUAACAUGCUGAUUGGCUGCUUGCUGCAUGCACAUGCACAGGAUUGGACCGAGACCUCAUUGACCCCUCCUCUGCACGGUGUGACACCUGUACACUCUUCUAGCUACUAAUCUGACAGAAACGUGUGCUGACGGCACGAUUUGUUGUGUGGCUGUUAAAGGAACUGCGCUUGUGUGUUCUGUUCAGUGGCACUUAACUGACAUUGAGCGUUUUUUGUAUUAUUGAACAAAUUACACUAAACAUGAUUCCAUCAAUACUGACAUUCUUAUUAAUCGUUGUGAUGUGAUGCAUUAUUAAUUAUUUAUUUUAAUACUUAUGUUUAGGUCAUUUGCAAGUUUCAUAGUGUAAUUGUCUGCACCCAUUUGCAUUGACUGUAUCCGUUUACUGUUAUAGUUGCUUUUAAAGGAACAGAUAACUCAAAAUUGUUAUUGUUUACUUGCCUUCGUAUUGUUCCAGAACUUUUACAACUGAGUUUCUUCUGUGACGCACAAAAGGAAACAUUCUAAAAACCCUCAAUUAAAAAAAAUAAUAAUACUAAUUUGCACUUGGAACAGCAUGAAGGUAAGUAAAUGGACUUGAGGCUUCCAAAAGAACACUACACAUGUUUGUGCUGAAUGCUGCUCACCAUGUAUUCUGUGGUGUGGACAGUAGAGGGAGACACUGGGUCAUAAAGCCCAGUUCUGCUCAAAUUUUAUGUCUCCAAAUAUGCUCUUGGAAUUACUAACACAUCACAUUCAAUUUGUCAAACUAACUGUGUUAUAGUAUUUCAGUUACUAUUUUAGGAUGUGGGCACAGACAGUUUGUUCUAAAACAAGCAAAUUUUUGCAGCACUAAAGCUUAGUAUUCAAUGAUGAAACAUUUGAUCUUCUAAACAAUAUCUAUUCUCAGUUCAGGGUUUUGGUGCUUGAAUAAAUUAAAAGCUGGCAUCUGAUCAUUAACGUUAUAUAUUGCCAAUAUCCAUCUUGAGAUACUAGUUCCCAUUCAUGGCAUUCUUUAUAGUGAUGCCACUUGAAUUGGGAAUUCAAAAAAAGAAAUCUGAAGUGGUUCUAGAGACUAAUGCAACUUUUUGUUUGUUUUUUCUUAUUUUUGUAAAAUAAAGAAUGUUUUUCAGUUUUGAUUUAUGUAAUAAAAACCUCUCCAAGGUUUCUCUGAA